AUGGGGGAUGAUUUCUUUUCCAAUCAUACUAGUGAGCAUUUUACUCAGCCUUCACCUUCUGCUGCUUCACCUUCUGGUAACCCCAACAAAAGGGCCAAACCCUCAACUCUUAGACCUCGAGCUCCUAGUGCCUCACCUGAUCCACCUUCUUCUGCCUCGCCUAAAGCUUCUAUUACUGCUGAUGAUUUAGCAUUGGAGAUGCAAAAAGCUCUACGUCAUUUGACUCAAGGGCCAACAAUUCCCCAAUGUUUAGAGAAGCUUGAGUUGCUCGAGUUAGACCCAAUAUACCCUCUACGAUUUGCUGCGUAUCACAUUUUUGGAGGGACCAUGAAUAUGAGAGAGAUGUGGGUAAAUUUGCCUAAUGAUCCACGAAUAUUAAGAGGAUGGAUCGAGAUGACAGCUACAAGUUUGGGAGUUUUAAAGGAUGGAAAGAUCGUUCGUUAA